AUUGCUAUCAGCGAUGCGACGUUGCCUUGCGGGCGUGCAUGCUGUGGUCUUGAACUGCGGUGAAAGCUGCACGAUUCGCAAAUAAUAAAGUUUCUUCGUUGGACGGCAACUUGCCGUAAUGUUCCAAAGCACUGCCCGGCGCUUCGUGACAUCUCUCGUAUGUGUGCUGCUGAUUUUUCACCCGGUGCUCGCGAAAGGCAAUGUCAAUGAAAAAUCGAAAACUGACUGGUAUCCCAGCAGCUACACCACUACGCUAUGUGUAGGUGUCUUAGCAGUGCUCUUUUAUGUCAUUGCUCGAGAAAAGCUCAACCUUUCCAAAAUAAAGACACAGGACCCCUUCAAGCAAAGGCAGAGGAAACGUAAGGGCAAGUCGGUAAAAGUCCUGUACGGCACCCAGACUGGAAAUGCAAAGAUUCUGUCGGAGAAACUCUCAGCCGAGCUGGACGCACUGGACUAUGAUGUGGAGAUGGUCAACUUGAAGCAUGUGGAGCCAGAGGAAUGCCUGCUUGGUCAGGUGAAAGCAAAGGGUCUUUGUAUUUUCAUCGUGUCGACAUACGUGGACGGCUCGCCACCGGAUGAAGCCACGUGGUUCCACGAUUGGUUGAAGGAUACAUACGCAGACUUCCGCGUGCACAAAUACUACCUCCAGGGUCUCAACUAUGCCAUCUAUGGCCUGGGUGACUCGGCCUAUGGUGACAGUUACAACAAGGUUGCCAAAGAUAUGGAUUUCUGGCUGUCCAAGCUGCACGCAACGCCAGUGGUUCCCCUUUGUCUCAAUGAUGAAAGCCAUGACGAAGGAAAAUACGGGACAGGCAAGUUUCCAGGUUGGAAAGAUGACAUUAUGGCAUAUCUGGAAGGAAGGCCAUCGAUCACCACCAAACCCCGUGAAGCUCAAACUGCACCAGAAAGCGUUGCUUACGAAAGCUCCAGUGAUGAAGGUGAGCCUGAACUGAUUGACCUGGAAGACCUCGGCAAUAUCCGGAGUACUGCCAAAUCAAAAGAAUCCAAGACUCUGAAGAACGGAGAGGCCCGAUCAGACAUGCUGACCCCGCUGCUGCGUCAGUCACUGGGAAAGCAGGGCUACCGCCUGAUUGGCUCCCACUCGGGGGUUAAGCUGUGCCGCUGGACCAAGGCCAUGCUGCGCGGCAGGGGCGGCUGCUACAAGCACACCUUCUACGGCAUCGAGUCGCACCGUUGCAUGGAGGCCACCCCGAGCCUUGCCUGUGCCAACAAGUGUGUCUUCUGCUGGAGGCACCACACAAACCCCGUAGGGACCGAAUGGAAGUGGAACAUUGACUCGCACGAGAUGAUUGUGGAGAAUGCGCUGAAGAACCACUACAAGAUGAUAAAUGAGUUCAAAGGCGUUCCCGGUGUGCUGCGUGAACGUCUGGAAGAGGGCCUGCGGGCACGCCACUGUGCCCUCUCCCUGGUGGGGGAGCCCAUCAUGUAUCCAGAGAUCGGCCAAUUGGUGCGCCUUCUGCACGACCAGGGCAUCUCCACGUUUCUGGUGACCAACGCCCAGUUCCCCGACGCCCUGCGGGAACUUGGGCCUGUCACGCAGCUCUACGUGUCGGUGGACGCCAGCAGUCGCGAGGCACUCAAACGCAUAGACCGUCCCCUCUUUCCAGACUUCUGGCAACGGUUCCAGGACAGUCUCUCUACCCUUGCGGACAAGGGUCAGAGGACAGUUUAUAGGCUGACCUUGGUCAAAGAGUGGAACAUGGAUGAAAUGCAAGGCUAUGCCAACCUUGUGGCACUCGGCAAGCCGGAUUUCAUUGAAGUCAAGGGUGUUACGUACUGUGGCGAUUCCAAAGGUGCCCGCCUGACCAUGAGCAAUGUGCCGUGGCACGAGGAGGUGCUGUCCUUUGUGAAGCAGUUGGUGGCCUUACUUCCCGACUACAGCAUUGCCUCCGAGCACGAGCACUCCAACUGCGCGCUCAUUGCACACAAUAAGUUCCGUGUCAAUGGGCAGUGGAACACGUGGAUUGACUAUGAGCGCUUCCACGAGCUGGUGCAAAGGUUCUACCAGACAGGCGAGUCAUUCACCUCCCUGGAUUAUGCGGCACCUCUCCCGCAUUGGGCAGUGUUUGGGGCCAAGGAGCGUGGCUUUGACCCCAGCGACACAAGGAUGCUCAGGAGAUCCAAGAAGGAUAUCAGCGGAUGCUAGGCUUAAACUAUUGGAGCGCUAAGCCUAAGCCAAUUAAUGCUAGACCUAAGCAAAGUGUGGCGGAUGCCAGGCCCUACAAAUCCUGCAAGGUCGCAGUGAAGCGUGCUACUGAGCACGGUGGUGUGUACAGCACAUUUUGAAAUCAAAAGGAUUAUGUGGGCAUCACCACUGGAAAGGCGCCGAGGAAGGACAUCUCGAGCUUGAAAACACCUUUUGUACAGUAUCUAAGCAAAGUGCCUAAACAAGCCAGGACAAGCUUGUGAUAAGAGUCAAUUGCUCUGCACAUUGUAUCACAUACAUGUCGUUACGAUAUGGCUGAUGAAAACGGCUGUCGUGAGGUGCAGCAUAUGUGAUAAGGCGACUUUGUAGAGCUCUUUUCAGAAUGAUUUUGACUUCAUUUUUAUGCCAUUUAAUUUUUCUUUUGUGUGGUUUGGGCAGCUUCAGUGAGUUUCUUUUAGAAAGGUCCAUGUUUGUUGCAAUGAACUGGACAAAAGUCCAUGGUAUUGUAGCUCACCAUGUCCUUAGUGCCAUUGUCAUGAGUGAGAUAGCAGAAGCUUUUAUCUGCAGUUUCCAUUUUUGGGUCCUGCUUCUGAAAGGCUGUUGCAUGUAUUAAAUACAUAUGUAUGUAGUUUUUUUUCACCACUUGCUACAAGUAGGUUUUUGUGUAUGUGUGUGACUUGUGUGUGAAGAUUCGCAUGCUUGGUGUGUAGCACUAAUGCAGGCCAUGAUGAAGAUUGUAGCGUUCAUAUAAUGUAGCAAUUCCUUCUGCCAAAUUCUCUUCCUUUCCUGUCAUACACCAUUGGUAACCAGAUAAUCAUGGUGAUAACAGUUUCAUUGAAUUCACCUGCAUCACUGUGAUGCAGGCAAAUUUCUUUCAUUCACUGGCGGGGAGGCAUGAGACAUUGAGAAUUUGCACAGCUCACUCCAGCAGUGCGAGCAUAACACAACUCUCGAACGAAAUGCCUAGGUGCAAAUACGGUGUAUAUGCGGUGCAAGCUUUCUAUUUGUCCACCUAGUGUCUGCCGUCCGCAUAAGUUUGGGAGGCCUGGAGUUGCAGCCAUAUGGUGAGGCUUCUGGGGUGACUUGCAGAACACCAGAAAGUACUAAACGCGUAUACAUGCUAUGUGUUACCGAGUGGAUAAGUGCUUGUUGACAGCCAGACAAUGUGUGCCGUAUAUAGAACACAUCUAAAGAUGCCACACAAAAACCACCCGCGCUGUCAAUUGACAGGCAUAACCGCUUAAUCCAGGAUAGCAUUGCUCCAAUCAAUGUGAACACUGAAUAGUUGAAUUGAGGGCUGUAGCAAAAGUGCAACACAUCAGCCUACACAUGCUCUGUAAACAAUGCAUUAAUGCAUCCUCAUGAACUUCCUCAAUUGAUUCACUUAGUGCAGAUGAAUCGAAAAGACCUAUCAUAAGGAGGGCAUCAUUUGGACAUUCAAUGAAGUAUGCAAAGAAAAAAAUUGCAAGAGAAUUAAUAUAUACAUUAUCCCAGCCUGACCCUUGCGGUUCCUUGCCAAGUACAGUGGCUUGCAUUGUGUUUUUUCCUCAACCAUUCUGUCUGUUGAAACUAUUUACAGGUCUUUCACUGUACAUUCUGUCACUUUGCUUGUGUUGGCAACUGUUGUAUCAACACACGUUUAUGAUUUAUAGAGCCACAUUGGUACAACUGCUGUGCUGUAUUGAGCAAAAUGUUGUAGAGCUCUAAGCGCAAGCGAAAAAAAAGAAAAAAAUGUGUUCAAAAUGAGGCAAUCUACUGAGAGUUUUCAAAGUGUUAAGCCUGAACCUAUUAAAUGCUAGGCCUAAUCAAUAGAGAUUCCUAAUAUAUGAGAACCAUGGUUCUUAGAAAUCAUUUUUGGGAGGGGGGCUUGUGCUACACACGUGGCCUGUAAACUUCUGCCCGGAAUGUUUGUUGCUUUAGGGCAUUUCACAUGUAUCAAACAUUGUUAAGGCAACAAAUUUUCCUUCGUAGGUCUUGAUCGAGAGCGUACAUAGUCUGGAAAGAUUGAAUGGAAGUGCAGAAUGAUGAUUUUGUGGGCAUUUUUUUUUACUGUUCUCCAGUUAUGACAAGGUAAUAGAAAUGAACUGUGUGAUUUGAAUAGUAUGUAUAGAAUGAAUUUGUAUAUUUUAUUAGCUGACGUUUCGGUGGUAUUUCCAACCUUCAGCAGCUGUUUUGACAACACUGUUUAAGUGUGACACGUCACUCUGCACAAUGCAUUAUCUUUUAUAAGUGUUCUCACAGACACAACAAAUCACCUUUUGCUUGUUAUCUUUGUACAUGUCCAUGUCGUUUCUCUUUCUUUUGUUUUGACAUGCUGUCCCUGUUAAUCGAAGCAUUAUUUUGCUGCUUGCCAAAGAAGCUUGAUCUGUUAUUAACCAUGGCCAAUCAUUUCUUUGAGAAUUGCAAGUCAUGUUCACAUGCUUGUAAUUGAAGUCAUAUAAGGCAAAUUGCAUGGCAUUAUUUAAGUGCAGUAUUUUUUACAUGCACCUUCAGAGUUUUUUCACUAUACAGCUAGCACUUCAAUCAAAUGUUCAACGGCUAGAUCUCAGAGAUGUAGAAAAGGAAAAUUUCCAUUGGUCACCAGAGAUGUAGACUUUGCUUUUUCUUUUUCCUUUUUUCUCUCUCUUUCUAGUGGAAGAACUUGUACAGUGAUUUCAUUUGCCUGCGUUACAUAACUUCGACAAGGGCACCAUUCUUUGUGGACUGAACUGAGUGGCAAAAUGCAUUGUUUAU